UCCGCCGACUCCCCUGCAGCUUUUCCCUGUCGCUUAAGGCUUUCAGCCACUUCUCUUUCUCUAAGCGAGCGUUCUUUGUUGGUGACUGGAGCUGCUAGUCCAGAAGGACCAGACUGAGGGAGGCGAGGCACCAUGACAACCCUGGAUGAUAAGUUGCUGGGGGAGAAAUUACAGUACUACUACAGCACCAGCGAGGAUGAGGACAGUGACCAUGAAGACAAAGACAGAGGCAGGGGAGCCCCAGCCAGUAGUUCCAUGCCUGCAGAGGCUGAGCUGGCAGGCGAAGGCAUUUCAAUCAAUACAGGUCCAAAAGGUGUGAUCAAUGACUGGCGCCGCUUUAAGCAGUUGGAGACAGAGCAGAGGGAGGAGCAGUGCAGGGAGAUGGAGCGGCUGAUCAAAAAGCUGUCUAUGAGCUGCAGGUCCCAUCUGGAUGAAGAGGAGGAGCAACAGAAACAGAAGGACAUCCAGGAGAAAAUCAGUGGGAAGAUGACUCUAAAGGAGUUUGGUACAGUGGACAAGAACUUGGAUGACGAAGAGUUUCUGCAGCAGUAUCGGAAGCAGAGGAUGGAGGAGAUGCGGCAGCAGUUUCAUAAAGGGCCCCAAUUCAAGCAAGUUUUUGAGAUCCCCAGUGGAGAAGGGUUUUUAGAUAUGAUUGAUAAAGAACAGAAAAGCACCCUUAUCAUGGUUCAUAUUUAUGAAGAUGGCGUCCCAGGGACUGAAGCCAUGAAUGGCUGCAUGAUCUGCCUUGCCACAGAGUACCCUGCCGUCAAAUUCUGCCGAGUGAGGAGCUCGGUUAUUGGGGCCAGCAGUCGUUUCACCCGGAAUGCCCUUCCUGCUCUGCUUAUCUACAAGGCGGGUGAAUUGAUUGGCAAUUUUGUUCGAGUCACUGACCAGCUGGGGGAAGAUUUCUUUGCUGUAGACCUUGAAGCUUUCCUACAGGAAUUUGGAUUGCUCCCAGAAAAGGAAGUCUUGGUGCUGACAUCUGUUCGAAACUCUGCCACCUGUCACAGUGAAGAUAGCGAUCUGGAAAUAGAUUGAACUGAUAAUCUAGUUCCGUAGCUAUCUCAUUGUUUGGGCUGGAGGACACAUGUCUGUAUUUAUUUCUGUCCUUCCUGUAUCUUCUGGCUUUACAGCUGUUCUUUGUAGUCUCAUUUAGUAUGUGGAAAGUCAAGAAAUUCUUUGAUUAAAUCAAAAUGCUGACUCACUUUGUGGCUAGCAGUAAAGUGACUUCAAAUUAUAUAAACAGGAAGCUAGGUUCUUGAGCUGUUUACUUCUCUAGCGUGACAUCUCUGAUACUGUUUCCAGUCAAUAUUGAGAUGGCACCCUUGAAGGCAAUGUCUUGAAAAUUGUCUUCUGAUGACCUCAGAAUUCUACCAGGUCUGAGAGUAGAAUUCCCUUGUGAGUGUGUUCUGUGCAAUGGGAACAGUGCAUUUCCAUAAUCACUUGAUUGCAAAUCAUGUUUACUUGCAAUCAGACUCAUAGCUGUACUUUUUUUCUCUAGAUCCUUCUCCACCAGGGUCCAUACAAGGUUGGGAAUGUAACUCAGUGGUGAACUCUUAACCUAGCAUGGACAUGGCUCCAAGAUAUCUGAUUCCCAGCACUGAUAAAACUAAAGGUUCCAGAUGGUGCCUGGUGCUAUGUUUUAACAGUGGCCUCUGCUGUGGGAGUCAGUGGUCUAGUCCAGCAUAAUGAAGUAUGAACAGGAAAGGAUGGGUUUUGCUGACUACUGUCAUGAUAUUGGGAGGCAAGCAUCCUAUUGAUUGACAUUGGUUGUGUAGAGCUUGAAAACCUCAGUAGGAAGAGGACCUUUCUGUACUCCUGCUCAUCAGCAUCUAUUCCUGUUAUUUAACAAGGUAACUUCUUGUUUAACCUCAACUUUUUUAAAAGCUUUUCUUUUUUUUUUACCUACUAGAAAAAAAUUCAUAUUUAGUAGAGGAAAAUUGGCCAAAAUACAGAUGCAAAAGUGGUUUAAAAAUAUAAUUCUGCCACCUAAAUAUUGUAUAUUUUGGUAUAGUUCAUAUAUAGUUGUUUUUUUUUAAUGUAUUCAUAGGUUUUGGUUUGCCUUUAAAUGACAUUGGGAUCAUUCUGAGCAUACUGUCUGAUAGUAUGGUCAGCUACUAACAUCAGAAGUUUUCCAUGUUAUUAAAUACUCUUCUGUAACAUUUUAAUAGCUGUUGGUAUUCCAUUAAUAGAUAUAUUGUAAUCUGCUUGGUGGUUGGUUUUUAGAAAGAUGGCAACCUUUUAUUAUGAAACAUGUUCAUAAUAGAACAUAUAAUAAAAAUUAAGCUAAAAAGAUAUUUAGAAGCCAUACAAUUUUACUACUGAUAAUUACUGUCACCAUUUUUACAGAUCUCUUUCUAGCUUUUAUGUGUAUAUGUGUAUUUAUAAAAUUCAUUGUCAUUUAAGUUUUUUUCUUUUGAUUAUUCUUUAUAUGUUCUAGUAUCAAGGAAAAAGAAAUGUAAUUUGGAAGUACUUGAGUUUUUUGGUUGCUCAGAAAUUAACUGUAAAUGAGUUUUGAAAGUAUCUGUUGGAUUUAAUCAAGAACAGUGUGUCAUUUUCUGACUGAGGAGCUCAUUGUAAAAGUGAAGAAAAUCAUGAGCAGAGACAACUGAUCUCAAUAGUCUGGUUUAUUUCUUUCCAGCCCCCCCCCUUUUUUUUUUCCUAUUCUUAAUAACAUUGAUAGUUACUGAAUUCUGUGUUCUACUUUAUGUAAUAGUACAUACUAAAAUACUUUGGUAUAUUGUAAAAGUUCUGAAUAAUAAAUCAGUUGCUUUAUAGUUUACCAUUUAAAUAAACGAUACCACGAUGACUUA